CGCGCGAGGACUCCUUGCCCUUCUCCCAAUGGCGGGCGGCGGGCCCCUUCCCGGCAGCCUCCCCCGGGCAGGGAGCGCGUCAUUUCCGGUGGGGAAGGCCCGCGGCUGCCGCCGCCAUUUCGGGCGCUGCUGUGAGGCUGAAACCGGAGCCGGUCCGCUGGGCGGCGGGCGCCGGGGGCAGGAGGGGCGCGCGCGGCGGCGGCAGCCCAGCGUGUAGGCGCGGAGGCAGCCAUGGCGGGCAACUUCGACUCGGAGGAGCGGAGUAGCUGGUACUGGGGGCGUCUGAGUCGGCAGGAGGCGGUGGCGCUGCUGCAGGGCCAGCGGCACGGGGUGUUCCUGGUGCGGGACUCGAGCACCAGCCCCGGGGACUAUGUGCUCAGCGUGUCCGAGAACUCGCGCGUCUCCCACUACAUCAUCAACAGCAGCGGCCCGCGCCCGCCGGUGCCGCCGUCGCCCGCGCAGCCUCCGCCCGGGGUGAGCCCCUCCAGACUCCGAAUAGGAGAUCAAGAGUUCGAUUCAUUGCCUGCUUUACUGGAAUUCUACAAAAUACACUAUUUGGACACUACAACGUUGAUAGAACCGGUUUCCAGAUCCAGGCAGGGUAGUGGAGUGAUUCUCAGGCAGGAGGAGGCGGAGUAUGUGCGAGCCCUCUUUGACUUUAAUGGGAAUGAUGAAGAAGAUCUUCCCUUUAAGAAAGGAGACAUCCUGAGAAUCCGGGAUAAGCCUGAAGAGCAGUGGUGGAAUGCGGAGGACAGCGAAGGCAAGAGGGGGAUGAUCCCAGUCCCUUACGUCGAGAAGUAUCGACCUGCCUCCGCCUCAGUGUCGGCUCUGAUUGGAGGUAACCAGGAGGGUUCCCACCCGCAGCCACUGGGUGGGCCGGAGCCGGGGCCCUAUGCGCAACCCAGCGUCAACACUCCGCUCCCUAACCUCCAGAAUGGGCCCAUAUAUGCCAGGGUUAUCCAGAAGCGAGUCCCCAAUGCCUACGACAAGACAGCCUUGGCUUUGGAGGUCGGUGAGCUGGUAAAGGUUACGAAGAUUAAUGUGAGUGGUCAGUGGGAAGGGGAGUGCAAUGGCAAACGAGGUCACUUCCCUUUCACACAUGUCCGUCUGCUGGAUCAACAGAAUCCCGAUGAGGACUUCAGCUGAGUAGAGCUCAACAGUUUUGCUGACACAUGGGAACAAUCUUUUUUUUUCUAACUGCCAUCUAUACAGUUUUCUUACAGAUGUCAAAAGCAGUCUAGUUUAUAUAAGCAUUCUGUUACCUGUGAUCUUUUUUAGACUGAACGACUCCAUUCCUAGUCUUACUUAGCACAUUCAGGGUACGAACUGGAGGGCUGUGUGUUAGCUUCUGAAGUGGCGAUUUGAGGAGGUAGUGGCAGUGCCUGUGUGUAUCACGAGGGAGAGGUGUCUUGCCUCCUUUCUCUCAGGCAGUGCAGAUCACCUGUGGAAAACCGACGGACAGGAAGGAGUGUUACACACUGCUUACCCUGAUUUAUUUGGUGGUUUUGUUUUCAUUCUGGAACCAUACUGUCGAAUGGCAACAGACUGUUCCCUUCCACCCCCAUGAAGUAAUCAUGCACCGUGUGAAUAGUAUCAAGCAGGACUGCUUUCAUUUAUGGGACGUGACCAUCACAUGACUCAUUCUGACACUGCAGACCCUAAGAAUUCUAAGAACACUACUAGAAGCAUUUGUCUUCCUUCUUAGUCAGUGCUUCAUACUUUUUCUUGGGAUUCUUUUAGCCCUUGUCAUUCUUUUCCCCCAAACCUAUAAGUAGGUUAAUUCCUAAGAUGAGUUUGUAUUUUCAUUCCAGGUGAGAAGCAGGAUGUACCGAGCACUUUAUUCAGUGCAUAGCUUUAAGCCAGUGUUGGAUUCACUAAGUGGACAGCCAGUCUCCCAGCUCUCUGCCUUCCCCAAAAGGGUCGUGGUAGGUCACCCUUCUACAGCAGCUCAACAGAGUCCUAACUAAUGGGAUCCAGCAGGGCCGUUUCUGCCGAGUGCCAGUAUCCUAUCAGGAGACUUGGAAUUCUUAGGUUCUGCUCAGAGUGGAAGGACCAGUCACCUCUAAUAUUCUGUGGAAGGUUUUGAGGCCAAAUUCUGCCCUCUGUAUUCUGUGCAACUUGUAUAAAAGUCAAGUUAGUAUUACAUGAGUUUGGGGUAGGGUUAGUGCUUUGAAAAGUGUUUGAAGCAAUGGUGAUUACUUACGUAUCCCUCAUGUCUUAAGGGCACAGUGAUGCUAUUGAAGUACGUCACAUUAUAAACCGCCUUCAUUUCUGGCUCUUCCUGUUCAUGUUCAGGUUUCGUUUACAAACCCAUUUAAGUAUGGAAUGAUUUAUAUGGGGUCAGUGCUCUAAAAAAUAGACAGAUGAGACCAAAAAUGAUCUAGGCAAUUUAGACUACGGCAUGAAACUUCCAAGUUAGUUCUCAGUCCGUAAAGGCACUUAGUGGUCUGUGGUGUGGUAUGACAGUAGAAACACCUUAUCAUUUGCUUUGGACCUCAUUUUGGAAGAAGAAUCUACCUUUCUAAUUGUUCUGCAUAGGUGAAUAUGAUAAAUUUGCAUUCUUUGAACAUUCACCAAAUCAUGGUAUCCCAAGGACUGGCAUGUUGCCUGACACACAGUCAACGUGCACAUGUCUGUCUGAGUGAAUGAGGAGACUGAGAAGCUGGUUACGUGGCACAGGACCCCCACAUGGCCACAAGCAGACUGAUGCGUUGACGCUAAUUUAAUGUAUUUUUACCUCACACUAAGGUAAUGCUUGAUAAAGACAUAUUAGCACAGUGCUCUGCACACAGUGGGUGCUCAGUAAUGUUGAGUGAACAAAUCCCUGAUACUAGAUGUCAUCCAUCUGACUGCUCUGUUAACUUUCCAGUUAGAGCAUAGAUACUGUAAAAUCCAGAUACACCUUAAAUCUUGUUUUCCUGAAAGUAUGCCAUCUAAAAUAUUUGUAGAAAAGCCUUGUCACAGCUGAUUCGAAUGUUCGUAUUUCCUUUUCUUUCCACUUUGGUCUUGGCCUGUCUCGUGUCUCUUUUCAUCAUACGUAAUCUCAGCGGAGCAUGCAGCGCCUCUCACGUCCUGAGGCCCCUCAGUGGGCGUGGUCCAGAGCCACUGAUGAACUGCUGGGUUCCAUUGGGCUGCGUGUGGCAGUUCCUGCACCUCAAGAAAUUAAAGGAUGUCUUACACAUGUCUUCCAAAAAAAAAAAGCAAAUGCUGAAAUCCUAUUGGCAAAGUAAACUGAAAUUGGCUGCUAUAUUUUAUAUAAUCAUUUCUGCAAAUCCCGUUUUUUGAAUACUAAUAUUUGACAUGGUUAAUUCUUAUUAAUUUGUUGGAAUUGUUUAUUGUUAAUAAUGCAAAUAGAUAAUUUUUAAUUAUCCACAAGUAACAUUUCACUAUUAACGGUUUGAAAUAGGUGAUAAGCAAACCAAUUUGAAAUAAAGCGUAAACAUGUGCCAUUGUAUUAUAACACUAUACACUUUCUUGACAGUUAAAUUUAAAAAAAUGUUUUUUUUUUGUAGCAUGUAUUGUAUAUGUUUAUAGUAUAUGUAGUAAAUAAAAAUAUGGCCAAAUGUUUGGCUUGGUGA